CUGCCUUGGGCUCAGACGUUUCCCCGCCCUUCUGGUCAUUCGAAACAGGCUGGGAAGCGAGGUAGGUGGGAGUGGGGUCUCCCGCCGCCCCCAGUCGCUAUGGGAAGCCGGCCGCUUCUCCUGCUGAGCGCAGUCCUCCUCCUCCUGUGUCUUUCGGCUCCUACCGCCGAGGAGCUGCACGGCUGGCCCCGGAGCCCGCUGGGACCAGCGUUCCCUCGUGCCCGGGCGGCUGCCUUUUGCUAAACCCCCGCCAGCCCCCUGCCCUGCCCUGCCCUUCCCCGCCCUUCCCCGAGUCCUCCCUUGCUCAUCCCCUGCCCGGCAAUGGGGCAGCGGGGCUGCUAGAUGGGCAGCUCUUCCGGCGGUGGGCAAGGCGCGCCCUUCUCAGCUCUCGGCCUCCAUGGCUUCGUAACGGCCUCCGCCCGCGCAGAAAGCAUCUUUCCCCGCACCCAACGCCGGCCAUGGGGGCUUCCGCCGCCGCCGCCGCCUUCCGCAAGGCCACCCGAGGAGCCGCGUUGGUCUCCAGCCUUCUCCUGGGAUUUAUGUUCCUGGGCACUGUGGAUGCUCAGUCCGAGUUGUCAUCUGAACGGAAUAUCAUCAGUACAUACACCCAUCAUGAUCGUGCCACUAACACACAUCUGACUUGCCACAAGUGUCCUGCAGGAACUUACGUAUUUAAGCACUGUACCAUGACAACCUUAAGAGAAUGCAACUCUUGUGCUAAUGGGACCUUCACAAAGCACGAAAAUGGUAUAGAAGAAUGCCAUUCAUGUAGAAAGCCCUGUGAGCAGUCAAUGAUUGAGAAGACACCUUGCACUGUUCGGACUGACCGUGAAUGCUCCUGCCCACCAGGUCAAUUUUUACAUGGAGACACUUGUAACCCUUAUAAAGUAUGUCCCAUUGGAUGGGGCUUAAGGAAGAAAGGAACUGAAACUGAAGACAUCAGGUGCAAACCAUGCCCUCGUGGCACUUUCUCUGCUGUGCCUUCUAGUGUGCUGAGAUGCAAACCCUUUACUAACUGUUCACAACUAAACAUGGUGGUAAUGAAACUAGGGACAAAAAUGACAGACAACAUCUGUGGAUUUCAGUCAGUUUCCCAGAAUGUAGCUGGGCUUUUAUCAAAUCCAGGAGAAGAUGAAAAGCACUACAAAGUUUCUUCUGCUACUUUUCUUACCAAAGGUGUGAAUGCUUCCUCUUCCAACUUCACCACCACUCCUCCCCCAAGCACAUAUGCUGACAUGAUGGAGUCAACAGACAUUUACAAUGAAACCUCCAAGAAUGAGACUGUGGCAGCUUUGAACUAUUCUAAGUCUAUAAAUCACCAGCAGCUAUAUUACCAUAAACACACCCCUUCCAAUCUUAACUUACAGCCAGCACUGGAGAUGAGUGGCAAUGUGAAAUCCAGCAUUCCAUAUAAACCCCCUAAAAGAGGGCCUCCGAGACAGGCUAUGCAUAAGCAUUUUGAUAUCAAUGAACAUUUGCCGUGGAUGAUUGUCCUGCUACUGCUGCUUGUGCUUGUGGUUAUUGUUGUUUGCAGUGUCCGCAAAAGUUCACGAACUCUAAAAAAAGGACCAAGGCAAGAUCCCAGUGCAAUUGUGGAAAAGUCUGUUUUGAAGAAAUCUUCUACCCCAACCCAACACCGGGAAAAAUGGAUCUACUAUUGCAAUGGGCAUGGCAUUGAUAUUUUGAAAUUGGUAGCCGCCCAACUUGGAAGCCAGUGGAAAGAUAUCUACCAGUUCCUGUGCAAUGCCAGUGAGCGAGAGGUGGCAGCUUUUGCCAAUGGAUAUUCUGCAGAUCAUGAAAGGGCUUAUGCCGCUUUACAGCACUGGACUAUCAGAGGCUCUGAAGCUAGCCUUGCCCAGCUGAUCAGUGCUCUCCGCCAGCACAGACGCACAGAUGUGGUGGAGAAGAUCAGGGGUUUGAUGGAAGAUGCAACACAGCUUGAAGCUGACAAGUUGAUUCUUCCGGUAAAUUCUGGACCGCUCAGCCCUACUCCCAGCCCAAAUCCAAAGCCAGAGGCAACCAUAAUCCCUGUGGAACCAUCUCCCUUGGAAAAGAACAAGUGCUUCUUUGUGGAUGAGUCCGAACCUCUUCUUCGCUGCGAUUCCACCUCCAGCGGUUCUUCUGCUCUUAGCCGAACAGGCUCUUUUAUUACCAAAGAAAAGAAAGACACGGUGCUGCGCCAGGUGCGCCUGGACCCUUGUGACCUGCAGCCCAUCUUUGACGACAUGCUUCACCUUCUAAACCCAGAAGAACUGCAUGCUAUUGAGAAGAUUCCACAGGCAGAGGACAAGCUGGACAGGCUUUUUGAAAUUGCUGGUGUCAAAAGCCAGGAAGCGAGCCAGACUCUACUGGAUUCAGUUUAUAGCCACCUGCCUGAUCUGCUUUAGACGUGGGCCACCAGAGGCCCCCUGCACCUACACAGUGGCUGCUGCUUGUUAUGCGCUUGGCACAUGUUAAAGAUAAGACAUGGGCAGGAUAUUUUGUAGAAGUCGUGGCCAGUAUUUUCCUCUUAGGUUUUCUUUUUUUUCUUUUCUUUUUUGCCUUCUGAGAGUAGUUUGCUCUCAUGUUUAUGGUUUGAAUUAAAAGAUGUUGUUUUCCCCUCUUCUAUUACAACAUUUUAAUUUUUCAUUCAAAGCUGUAAUUGUAGCCACUUAAAAACUAUGGAUUAUCCAUUCAUAAUUUACUUACUGGAUUUGGACUUGCAUUUUAAUCCUUUUAACUUUUCAGGAGCCUUUUGGAUUUUUCUUUAAUUCCAGUUUGAUUUUUCUUGCCCUCUCAUUACAGAUACUUUGAAUUCUUCUUCUCUGCUCUUUUCAUGGUUAGCUAGAUCUGCUUUCCCUCAAGAUGACUUUAAAAAAAACUACUGCUGAAUGAUGCACAUUCACUGAUAUUUUACUAGCACAGCUAUUUAUUGUAUGGUUUUCAUGUGGACAAACAGAUAACGAUAAGUGACUUGUGCUUCUCUGGAACUAGAAUGUUGAAACGUUUCAACUGUAACUUCUUCAGCCUUCCAGACAAUGAGACCUUGGCCUGCAGCUGAAUGUAAUUCUGUUUGCUUGACUUAAGGGAGAGAUGUUGCCUUGCCCCUGUAGGAUCUCAGCAGGCUUGAUCACUUGGGAGUAGCACCUGGAGCUGGACUCUGGAAAGUAAAGGAGAACCCUGGUGGUGCCACAUUUCUCAUUCUAUAAGAUUUAUUGAUAUGUGCUUCAAAAUUGUCCUUUUGUGGGUUUUUAUACAGAUGUGGCCAAUAAGUAUAUUUCAAGGCCUUCAUGUGGUCUUUGAAAUUCUUCCCCAUCCCCACUUCACUUUUUAUUAAAAAUGCUGCAUUGUGAAAAACCCUGCCUCUGCUAUAUUUGCAUCUACUGUGCUCCAGGAAUAAAUCGAUCUGCAAUCAUGCUUAUUUAGGAGACAAUAUUGCAAGGUGGCAACAUGAUGAGAGGUGAUGGAAGGAGAGCAUAAUUUUUUUGAGUGGGUUGAGUGGGGGUGGGGGGGAG